UUUACUUGUUACUUAUUUUGCUGUGGUGUAACAGCGAAGCAUCCAAAGAAUUUCAAUAUAUAUAUUUUUCCUUUCAACAUUAUUUUACUGCUUCGAGAAUUAACUUCGAAAGCCCUAGCCCUAUCCCCGGCUUCACCCUAGUCUUGAAUUCGUUUCGUUUUACUCAUCAAAGCUGCUCGUUUAAUUUAUUUUCAAAGUCGAUGGCGGCUAAACCACUUUCGAGUGAAGCAAUCGCUCUCACAGAAAAGAAAAUGGACAUGACAUUGGAUGAUAUCAUUAAAAUGUCAAAAAAUACUUCAAAUAAAUCCAAGAAGCAGCGAAGGGUACCAAAUAAAAAUCAGAAAUCUGUGAGUAAUGCUGCUAAAGAGAAGGCCUUGAAGGUGCGACAGUAUAUGGACUCACGGUCCUCUAUUAGACAGGGAGUUCUAGCUCAAAGAAGGUCAAGUUUCCAGGGGAACCAAUUUCCUUUGGCAGCUAAGGCUGCACGUAGGGCUGCAGUUGCCCCAUUUCGAGUUAGAGCAUUUAAUGGUAGCAGGGUAGCUAGUAUGAACAAACCAAGGAUUGGAGCACCAACUGUCCAAAGAAGGGCUGCAAAUGGAGGUUUUGCAGCAAAGAUGCAGCAGCCACAACAACAGCAGCAGGAGCAAGGAAACAUAGUAACAAAACAAAGGUCUCAAACACUGGACUCGUUGUUUGCCAAUAUGAAGGAACAGCGAAUGAGGGUACUGUCACGCCAAACCAAUGCUGUACAACGUAAUGGUGGUGGUCAACAAAGAGUGCCUUGGGGAAGAGGCCGAUUUAGCAACUAAUGUUUUGCGUGGUGUAUUCCUUGUGCUGUAGGACAAGCUGCUGAGAGCUUCUUCUAUAUUGUCAUUUCUGCCUACCUAUAUGGAUGCUAAGGUUCUUGAUACUGGCUUCUUGUUUUUCACUUUUGCUAUCAAAUAUAUCAACUUGCUUCUUAAGCUUUUUAUGCGGGAAUGUGACAAUUCAGUUGUGUUGUUUAAAUCCGUCUUAACAAGGGAUGCAUAGUGGUUUCCUUCUUUU